AUGUUACAGAGCAGAGACAAAGUAGCAAGUGUCAAGGUCGAGACUUCACACAUAUCUCAUUGGAUACCCAUCAAGGCAUUUCAUCGUGAGCUAGUUUCUCUAACCAAUAGUUGGCGAGAUCAAUUAAAAUGGCCUCCUGCAACGCCGGAUGAAAUUCGAACUGAAAACAACACUUACAACUUUACACUCUGCAUCCGACUGCAUUCCGAUGCGUCAGCAAAUGACUCGAUUACUACCUAUCCAAUUCAAAGUCUUUUCAAUGUGGAGGCGAAUGGAACGUGGGUUUCGUUCAAGACGAUUGGAGAAUGUCCCCGAUCCGUCUGGAAGCAGGCUAUUUAUCCCAACGUCUAUCGCACCUACCCACAGGAUGUGCCAAUCCAGAUAGUAGUCGAGGCAAUUAAGUCGGGUUCACCUGUAUCCGUGACGCCCAAUUACAACUUCCCAAUUCACAUUCGGAAUACCAGCAAAUCAGUCUGUUCAAACGGUACCAAGUACGAUUUGGUGGUGGUUGUUAAAAGUGGAAUAUUGGCUUGGGAGAGACGGAGACUGUUCCGUGCAUUUAUGCAACACCAGAAAGACCUCAAUCCAAACACGAAACUGGGAAUCGUGUUCAGCCUGGGGAUACCACGACAGCAUGGAGGACGCAUAUUCAACCGCGAUGGUCAUACGACAGUGCUGGAGGGACCGUUUGGUGAUCUGAUGGAUGCAUACAAUGGGAGAGGUGGUGAGGUGAUGCAGAACAUCGAGAGGGAGAUGCGGAGGUACGAUGACAUUGUGCUGGCUGACUACGAGGACACUUACUUCAAUCUCACAUGGAAAACGGUGACCAACCUACGUUGGAUUUCAGCCUUCUGUGAUAAAGUACAUAACGACGUCUUCAUGAUAAUCGACGAUGACCACAGAAUGGAUGUUGCCAUGCUGAUGAAAUUCCUAGCCUCAAUUCCAAGAGACAAAAAGAGGACAUCCAUUUUCGGGCGCAUAGCUAACGGCGAUGGAGCUAACCGAUCACCACUGCGUAAGCUGUAUCUGUCAUUCCGCGAAAUUCCUUGGGAUGUGAUGUGUGCUUAUCCACGUGGAUUCAGUCAGUUAAUAGGAGCUGACAUCGUGGACGACAUGGCGAUUGGGUCGGCGUACACGCGGUACAAUUACGUGCACGAAGACGUGUACCUGGGUCUACUGGCAUUUAAACUGGGCAUUCCCCUACACCAUGUUAAUACCAUGUUUGACCAUGGAGAGUAUAAAUUCAGAUCGAGUCAGAACUCGGAUGUCAUGGUGGCACAUAGUAGCUAUUGGGACAAUACUUAA